UUUGGUGCUGCAGCUGUGGGAGCGUGGCCCGCAGCGCUAUGACUUAGGAAGCACUUUGGGACUGAUUUGCGGUUAAAUGGUCUCGCAAGCUCAUCUCCUCGUCUGCCCCGACAGGAGGUGAUGUUAUAGCAAGCCCUCGUCUUGGCGUGCGUUUCAGCAGCGGAUGAUUCUGAUUGAUGGUGGAGGGGAUAAAGCUGGCAAAGAUGAGGAAAAUUGGCUGUGCUCUCCUGGUACUCCAAGCUCUUCUUGCGCCUUUGGAUCUUGUUUGUGGAGCAGAGAAGAAUUAUCCUGUCCUGAACAUUGCAGUCAUUCUGGGAAGGACCAAGGAUAUCACAGAGAGAGAUAUCAGAUCUCUCUGGACCAGGGAGAUGUCAGCAGACCUGACUGUUGAUGUCAAUGUAGUGACCCUUCUGGUGAACCAGACUGACCCUAAAAGCAUCAUAACACACGUUUGCGACUUGAUGUCUGGUACCAAGAUCCAUGGAGUGGUUUUCGGAGACGACACUGAUCAGGAGGCAGUAGCUCAGAUUUUGGAUUUUAUUUCAUCUCAGACUUCUAUUCCAAUUCUUGGAAUUCAUGGUGGGGCCUCCAUGAUAAUGGCAGAUAAGGUAGGAAGAUAAUUGAAAGCUUUUGCUACUCUAAUGCACUUCAGUAUGUUAGUUUCUAUUGUGAAUAAUUACUGCAAGCCGUUCAGAAAGGAUUCCUCUAAUUAUCUCUUUUUACUUUAAGGAAGAAAAGAAUAUACAGAGCAGCGUCCUCACUGACUACUCACCAAAUAUUCUAAAAUAUUUUGAGGUUCAUACCUGAAACUGAAUUUUCUUUCCACUGUAAAAGUGAUCCUAAUUAAACUUUGCUCUCCACCAAAUCUAAUGCUGAUCACCUUAAGUUUUAUUAGCAAAUACUAUGGCUGUGAAAACAACAAAACAGUUCAAUCAAAUAAUUUUAGGGGUAAAAUACAAAAUUAUAAGCAGAAAUUAUUUAUGAGCAUGGCAGAAUACCAGCAAGUUAUAGGCUUGAAUGUAUUUAAGGACAGUAGUGGUAACAGGACGUUUAUAUUAUACUGAACUUUUGUGAUCCACUGCGGUCUGUCAUUUAAAUAGGCUUGCAAAUUCAUGUUCACUGUACUUAUUAAAUUACACUUUCACUAACCAGAUACUUCUAGCUUCCUUCUAUAGCUCUUGAAAAUCCACAAAGCGUUGUCAGAACCCUGGAGGUAAUGACAAAUUGCUUUGUUGGAAAACAUUUCUUUAUGUAAUCCAUCGUGAGAUUGUGGAACGACAAAUAGAAGUGACUCACAUAUGCAGCUCAUUUGCUUUAACACUGCAAGUUACAGAUAAACCUACCUGCAGUGCCAGUAAAUGUGAUCUUGUAGAGCGAUCAGUGCUGCUUUGGAAGCAGUGGGUGCGUGGCACCUCCCAGGACGAAGCGUUCUGGUGUGGACAGCUGCUUGGCCUGAGGGUCUGUGAGAAGCUCCUGCAGAUGCUGAGGAGCACGUGCUGUGUGAAAGGGAGUUUGUGUGGGCAGUCAGUCCCUGGUUUUCCAGCACGCAGCUUGCAUUGCACGCAUCCCACACCAUGUUAAUUGCAACUUACUUCCUGUUACUUGUACCCUUCAGGUUCUCUUGUUCUGUAAAGAUUGUUCUUCCUUAUAGAUGGCUUCUGAAUAGUCCUUCAGGAUCUCUGUAUCUGCCUAAAUACGAAGUGGCUUCAUAACUUGGGGGAAAAGAAGCAGGGAAGAUGCAAUGAUUAGUUACAAUUGAGAAAUCUGUACUGAACUUUUGAAACAUUUUCCCUCUGUGAAAAACGUAUUCCACUGCGAUUGAAGAGACCCAUCGUCUCUCAGUAUCAUAAAUGACCUUUAAAGCUGUUGUAAUACAACAGUGAGAACAGUAACUGCUGAAUUAUAGCAGAGAUUCUAUAACAAUGGGCUGGACAUCUUGAUUUAUAUGGAGAGAUCAUUAUUGUCAGUACUACUGUCUUAAAAGUAUGUGCAGCCGCUGAGUAAUACAGACGGUUA